CACACAUUACUCUCACUUGCUCUCCGCUUAACAGCAAAGCGUCUCCGCUUAGCAGCAAAAUUUUGUAUUCAUAAAUCAAACUCUCUCCUUUCUCUCUCUCCCACACUGCACAACACAUUUCUAGAGAGAGAAACUCAAAAUCUGGAUACCCAUUUUAAAAGCACUCUAGAGAGAGAGAGAGAGAGAGAGAGAGAGAGUAAACAAACACAAACACAAAGCACAUACACAGCAUUGCCCUUCGAAGGGAAGACAGCUUAGAAAAACCCAAACGUUGCCCUCAUCUACACUUCACGUCUUCGUAAACUAUUCCAAAUUUGUAUUUAUAUAUACGCGUGUAUAUCCAGUUCGAAGCCCUAGUAGUUCGCGCGUGACGACGAGGUGCUGGGUCGUCGUUUGAUGUGAGAUAAGCUUCUAGAUCCGACAUGGCGGAGGUCUCCGAACCGAGUUUCGCGGAGAACGGCGGCAAUGCGAGGAGCGAAACGACGCCGCUGGCGGCGACCGCGUCGUUCAGGGGGUCGUCGUCGAGGAGGCGGGCUCCGGUGCGGCCGAGCCUGGACGCCGACGAGUUCAUGAACUUGCUCCACGGGUCGGAUCCGGUGAAGGUGGAGCUCAAUCGGCUGGAGAAUGAAGUCAGGGACAAGGAUCGAGAAUUGGGCGAAGCGCAUGCGGAGAUCAAGGCAUUGAGGUUGUCAGAACGCCUUAGAGAGAAAGCAGUCGAAGAGCUCACUGAAGAAUUGUCGAGGGUGGACGAGAAGCUCAAGUUAACGGAGUCUGUUUUAGAGAGCAAAAAUCUUGAGAUUAAGAAAAUCAAUGAUGAGAAGAAGGCCUCUAUGGCAGCUCAAUUUGCAGCAGAAGCCACUCUGCGAAGGGUUCAUGCUGCUCAAAAAGAUGAUGACAUGCCUCCAAUUGAAGCCAUUCUUGCACCUCUGGAAGCUGAACUUAAGCUUGCUCGGCUAGAGAUUGCAAAGCUGCAGGAUGACAACAAGGCAUUAGAUCGUCUCACCAAGUCAAAAGAAGCUGCUUUGCUUGAAGCAGAGAGGACAGUUCAGGUUGCCUUGGCAAAGGCUUCCAUGGUGGAUGAUCUGCAGAAUAAGAACCAAGAGUUGAUGAAGCAGAUAGAAAUUUGCCAGGAAGAAAACAAAAUUUUGGAUAAAAUGCACCGCCAAAAGGUUGCUGAGGUUGAGAAGCUUACGCAAACAGUACGUGAGCUUGAAGAGGCUGUCCUUGCGGGUGGUGCUGCUGCAAAUGCUGUGAGGGAUUAUCAACGCAAAGUUCAAGAGAUGAAUGAGGAGAGAAAAACUCUUGACAGGGAGCUAGCACGUGCUAAAGUAACCGCAAACAGGGUGGCAACAGUGGUAGCUAACGAAUGGAAAGAUGCUAAUGACAAAGUGAUGCCAGUAAAGCAAUGGCUAGAAGAAAGGAGGUUUUUGCAGGGAGAGAUGCAACAACUACGGGACAAGCUUGCUAUAGUUGAAAGAGCUGCAAAAUCUGAAGCGCAGUUGAAGGAAAAAUACCAAUUGCGACUCAAAGUGCUAGAAGAUAGCUUGAGAUUGUCAAACAGUAGCAAUCGUUGCACCUUAGAUGGGAAAAGCAUAAGCAAUGGCCCUUCGCGCCGCCAAUCAUUAGGUGGAGCUGAUAACAUCUCCAAAUUGACCUCUAAUGGCUUCUUACCCAAGAGAUCUCCGUCCUUUCAGUCAAGAUCUAGUGGUACUAGUUCAGUGCUGAGACAUGCAAAGGGAACAUCAAAGUCAUUUGAUGGAGGCACACGGUCAUUAGAUAGAGGUAAAAUUCUCUUAAAUGGAACAACUCCGAGUUUUAAUAUAAGCCAGUCUUCUGAAGGCACAAAGGAAGCCGAAGUCAAUAGCAAUACCUGGAAAGGAAAUCCAGAAGAAAAGCCCAAUGACUUCCUAGGAGUGGAUACCGAGGAUACUGUCCCGGGACUUCUGUAUGAUUUGCUACAAAAAGAAGUGGUUGCUUUGAGGAAAGCUGGUCAUGAAAAAGAUCAAAGCCUUAAAGACAAGGAUGACGCGAUAGAGAUGUUGGCAAAGAAGGUCGAUACUUUAACUAAGGCGAUGGAGGUUGAGGCCAAGAAGAUGAGAAGGGAGGUAGCAGCCAUGGAGAAGGAGGUAGCUGCUAUGCGUGUGGAAAAAGACCAUGAAAAUAGAGCCAAGCGGCUUGGCAACCCUAAGGCUGCAGUGAGUUCUGCUGUGAACAGUUCAGUGUUGCUCCCUGGAAGAAAUUUGGGACGAGGUGGGUUAACACGCAGCACCCAAUAGCAAGAAGUCUCAUUUCCCGCAGUAAGAUCGAUUCUUCAAGGCCUUCGCUUGGGAGCUUUUUUCUUUAGUAAUAUUUCCUGCUUUUGUGGUUGAUCAUAUAUAACUAGCAUGUCAGUGGUCACAAGAACUUAGAUAACCAGUGAAAGAUGGUGAUGGUGGUAUGAUUCUGACUUAGACUGGUAUCCUUCCGGUUAGAAAUCAGCGAGAAAGGAAAGGGAGGAUAUCGGACUUUAGCUAACCUUUUGGCAGGUUUAUUUUGAUUGGCAGUAAUUGUGUGGUUGUAUAGGUAGCAGCUUGACAUUUCCUUGCGUUGUGUUCCUGCCAUUUCCUCUUGUUUCCAGCCCACAUUUGCAAUCAGCAGCUAGAUAGCGCGAGUGUAUUGUUUCAGGUUUGUCAAUAUUCUUGUAAUCAGAUUAAAGUUCACAUUUUACAUGGUUAUGUUCUUUGUUCA